CCAUGAAACUAAGACUAGUUUGUUGUAAGCAUAUUUGGUUCUGAGGAAGACAUUGAAAAGCAGCUGGCUCCAAAAUAGGAAUCUGAGUUUCAUGGAGUUUUGGGAUUCAUGGGUUGGCUUCUUUCUGUUGUUUAGCUUCUGGGUUGGCGUUUUCUGUGAUCAAGAUGGUUUCUUAAGUCUAUCUUGUGGUGGAAGAACCAGUUUCAAUGACUCAUCAAACAUCUUAUGGACCCCAGACACUGCAUACAUAAGCACAGGCACUACAGCCAUCAGUUACACUGAUAAUAAUUCCUCAUCAAAUGUCUCUCUUCGGUUCUUCCCGGAUUCCCAAGGUCGGAAAUGCUAUAAAUUACCAUUGAGCAAUGCCACAAGUCUUGUUCUUGUUAGAGCUAAGUUUGUGUACAACAACUAUGAUGGACUUAAACAUCCUCCUACAUUCUCUGUCUCUCUUGGGACAGCCAUCGCUGCUAUUGUAAAUCUUACUAAAGAUGAUCCAUGGACUGAAGAGUUUCUAUGGACUGUCAAUAAGGACACGCUGCCCUUCUGUUUACUUGCUACCUCAAAUAGUGGAUUUCCUGUAAUUUCUUCCCUCGAAAUCCGACCACUUCCUCGAGGAGCCUACACAAAUGGCAUGGAAGAUUUCUCAAAUAAGUUGCUGAGGAAGAGUUAUCGAAUUGAUUGUGGAUACGCUAAUGAGUCUAUCCGGUACCCUUUGGAUCCAUAUGAUAGAAUAUGGGAAGCUGAUAGAAGUUUUACACCCUUUCAUAUUGCAACUGGAUUCAAGGUUCAGCUUACUUUCAAUCAGUCCAGUCUGAUGGAAAAACCACCGGCUGCUGUUCUUCAAACCAGUAGAGUUCUGGCACGGCGAAAUCUGCUGACAUAUAACCUCCCUCUUGAAGCAGUAGGGGACUAUUAUAUCAUUCUUUAUUUUGCCGGCAUACUUCCUGUUUUUCCCACCUUUGAUGUGUUCAUAAAUGGAGAUAUCAUAAAAUCAAACUACACAAUAAAUAGUACAGAAAUCAGUGCUCUAUAUGUGACUCGAAAGGGAAUCAGCAGUUUGAAUAUAACAUUAAAGAGCAUCAGCUUUUACCCUCAAAUCAAUGCAUUUGAGGUAUAUCAGAUGGUUGAUAUUCCACCUGAAGUUUCUUCAACCACAGUCUCAGCACUACAAGUUAUUCAGCAGUCAGCUGGGUUGGAUCUAGGAUGGCAAGAUGAUCCAUGCUCUCCUUCACCAUGGGAUCAUAUUGGGUGUGAAGGAAGCCUUGUCACAUCACUGGAUCUCUCUGGUGUAAAUUUCAGAUCAAUUACUCCUACAUUUGGUGACUUGUUGGACCUCAAAAAAUUAGAUUUGCACAACACAUCGCUUGCUGGUGAAAUACAGAACUUGGGUAGCCUGCAACAACUUGAGAAACUGAACCUGAGUUUCAAUAAGCUAAAAUCCUUUGGAGUGGAGCUGGAUAACUUGAUUAGCCUUCAAAUAUUAGACUUGCAUAACAAUAGCCUCCAAGGAUUGGUUCCUGAUAGCCUGGGAGAGUUAGAAAACCUCCACUUUCUGAAUGUAGAAAACAACAAGCUACAAGGUCCACUACCAGAGUCCUUGAACAAACCAACCAUAGAGAUCAGAACAUCUGGGAAUUUGUGUCUUUCGUUCUCUGCAGCCAUAUGUGAUGGUGAAUCAUUCACUCCUUCAAUUGAGACGCCACAAGUUACAAUAAUUCCCAGAAGGAAGCACAAAUCACAUAAACAUCUAGCAAUUAUACUAGGCUUGGUUGGUGGAACCACACUUGUGCUUUUCUUGAUCUUACUUUCAGGACUGCUACACAUGACCAAAAGAAGAUAUGAAGUUUCUCACACAGCAAGAGCAGAAAUUGAUAUGAGGAACUGGGGUGCAGCAAAAGUGUUUUCAUACAAAGAAAUUAAAGUAGCUACUGGAAACUUUAAAGAAGUUAUAGGAAGAGGCAGUUUUGGAUCAGUUUACUAUGGAAAGCUUCCAGAUGGUAAAUCAGUCGCUGUCAAAGUUCGGCUGGACAAAACCCAACUAGGAGCUGAUUCUUUCAUCAAUGAGGUUCAUCUUCUGUCAAAAAUCCGCCAUCAAAAUCUUGUGUCAUUGGAAGGAUUCUGUCAUGAAUCAAGGCAUCAGAUACUAGUGUAUGAGUACUUGGCUGGUGGAUCACUAGCUGAUCAUCUAUACGGUACAAACAGCCAAAAAAGGUCAUUAAGCUGGGUUCGAAGAUUGAAAAUUGCAGUGGAUGCAGCAAAAGGAUUGGAUUAUUUACAUAAUGGAAGUGAACCACGAAUCAUACACCGUGAUGUCAAGUGCAGUAAUAUCCUCUUGGAUGUGGAGAUGAAUGGAAAAGUCUGUGACUUUGGCCUCUCUAAGCAAGUGACCAAGGCAGAUGCAACUCAUGUCACCACUGUUGUCAAGGGCACUGCUGGCUAUCUAGACCCUGAGUAUUAUUCCACCCAACAGCUCACUGAGAAAAGUGAUGUAUAUAGCUUUGGAGUAGUCCUUUUGGAACUCAUCUGUGGGAGAGAGCCAUUGAAUCACUCUGGAUCUCCUGAUUCUUUCAAUUUGGUGUUAUGGGCAAAACCUUACUUGCAGGCAGAAGCAUAUGAAAUUGUGGAUGACAGCAUAAAAGGAAAUUUUGAUCUCGAGAGCAUGAGGAAGACCGCCUACAUUGCUGUGAAGUCAGUGGAAAGGGAUGCAUCACUCAGACCAACUAUUGCAGAAGUACUAGCAGAACUGAAGGAAGCCUAUGAUAUUCAGCUCAGAUACCUUGAGUCUCUCUAAACGAUAGUGAAGUUAAAAAUACUCCAGAUCAAACUAAAUUAUGUUGUUAUAUUAACACUCACGGUUGAGUGCAAGGAAAAGUUGGAUUCUCAAAGCAAAGAAAACAUGAGAAAUAUCAAUGUAAUAUAAAUAUAUUAAGUUAUGAUGAAAUAUUUUGCCAUUUUC